GGGAGUUGUAGUCCGGGCCGCUCGCGCCGGCGCUGCUGAGGGGUCAUUGUCGGCUUUUGUCUGUCUGCGGGCGCGCGCCGCUGCGGUACUCAAGAACAGCCCAUGGAAGAAUCAUAUGGAGAGGUGGUGAUUAAGGUCAUACAGCAGGAGUGGACAUGUUUGGAUUUCCAACAGCUACUCUGCUGGACUGUCAUGGAAGAUAUGCCCAGAAUGUAGCAUUUUUCACAUAUUGGUGCCUCUUACAUGACUUCCCUCUCAUUUUACCAGAUGUGAUGACAGAAGCCCACCACAAAUAUGAUCACUCUGAGGCCACAGGAUCCUCAAGCUGGGAUUUCCAGAAUUCUUUCAGAAGAGAGAAGCUGGAACAAAAAUCCCCAGAUUCUAAGACACUACAGGAAGAUUCACCUGGAGUGAGACAGAGGGUCUAUGAGUGCCAGGAAUGUGGAAAAUCCUUCAGGCAAAAGGGUAGUCUAACGUUACAUGAGAGAAUCCACACUGGUCAGAAGCCCUUUGAGUGUACUCACUGUGGAAAAAGCUUUAGGGCUAAAGGCAAUCUUGUUACACAUCAACGAAUACACACAGGAGAGAAGCCCUAUCAGUGCAAGGAGUGUGGGAAAAGCUUUAGUCAACGAGGUAGUCUGGCCGUUCACGAAAGACUCCACACUGGACAGAAACCCUAUGAGUGUGCUAUCUGUCAGAGAAGCUUCAGGAAUCAAAGUAACCUCGCUGUUCACAGAAGAGUUCAUAGUGGUGAGAAGCCCUAUAGAUGUGAUCAGUGUGGAAAAGCCUUCAGUCAGAAAGGAAGCUUAAUUGUUCAUAUCAGAGUCCACACAGGCCUGAAACCCUAUGCCUGCACACAAUGCAGGAAGAGUUUCCACACCAGAGGGAAUUGUAUUCUGCAUGGCAAAAUCCACACAGGAGAGACACCCUAUCUGUGUGGCCAGUGUGGGAAAAGCUUCACUCAGAGAGGGAGUCUGGCUGUGCACCAGCGAAGCUGCUCACAAAGGCUCACCCUAUAACCACUCUCAUCAAAGGAAAUUCCCUUUAUGAAUUAACAGCAUAAAAUCCCCUGAGAUUAAACAACCUAUUCAAUUUUACGGAAUGAAUGGAGACUCCUUCAGAAAGACCAUCAUUGGGUAGAGCAAACUGACUUUUCUCCCUUCCCCCAAAUGAAUAUGAAAAAUAAAUGUCUUGUUUAUUAUCGUUA